AGCCUAGUGGCUGGCAGUGGGAGAAGAUGAAAGGAGAUGGAUUUUGGUCAACAUUCCGCACAUUUUAUCAUUGAUAAAACAUUUGAUCUCAAUACAAUUUUCUGUUCCUAAUACUAAAAUCUGUUAUGACCAGAGUGGACUAAGUUUUAUAGACUUUACCUUUUGUCAAAGUUGUAAAAUAUUGCGUUGUUUAGAAGGAGUGCAAAGUCGAAUUGAGUUAUUGCACACGCUUACUCAACAGAGUAGGCGUUCACUAACGGAAAUAUGUAGAUACAGCUCGAACGAGCCAAUAGGAAUUUGCUAACUCGUGCUUGGCUCUGUCCAUCUCUCUGCUUGUUCUGCCCACUAUGACUAAUUUGUUCCCUUGGAAAAGACGGGCUGUGGUCUAUUUGGGUUUAGUUACACAAAUCUUUGAUGUAACGAUAGCGCAGUGCCUUUGAGGACACGAAAGUGGUUACAGUUUAACAGGAUUUAAAGCGUUUUCCUAUGCUAAAGUUGGUCCCUUGUCGCCACCGGUAGGACACUGAGGGGCGGUACCAUAAUGGCUCCAGUAGUGAAGCUGGCGGCGAUCUCUGCCAGAGGUAGCCUGACUGCCAUUAGGUACCGAGAUGAGAUCCUCAGACCCCUUGUGAGACCAUAUGCUGACACAUGCACAUUUGUGGCCUGCUGGAGGUCAUUUUGCAGGGCUCUGGCAGUGCACCUCCUUGCACAAAGGCGGAGGUAGCGGUCCUGCUGCUGGGUCGUUGCCGUCCUACGGCCUCCUCCACGUCUCCUGAUGUACUGGCCUGUCUCCUGGUAGCGCCUCCAUGCUCUGGACACUACGCUGACAGACACAGCAAACCUUUUUGCCACAGCUCGCAUUGAUGUGCCAUCCUGGAUGAACUGCACUACCUGAGCCACUUGUGUUGGUUGUAGACUCCGUCUCAUGCUACCACUAGAGUGAGAGCACCGCCAGCAUUCAAAAGUGACCAAAACAUCAGCCAGGAAGCAUAGGAACUGAGAAGUUGUCUGUGGUCACCACCUGCAGAAUCACUCCUUUUUUGGGGGUGUCUUGCUAAUUGCCUAUAAUUUCCACCUUUUGUCUAUUCCAUUUGCACAACAGCAUGUGAAAUUUAUUGUCAAUCAAUGUUGCUUCCUAAGUGGACAGUUUGAUUUCACAGAAGUGUGAUUGACUUGGAGUUACUUUGUGUUGUUUAAGUGUUCCCUUUAUUUUUUUGAGCAGUGUAUAUAUACUAUAUAUGGCUCUGAUGGCCUCUUAUCACUGCUGACUUGGUUGUAUUGGCUAAUUUGAAUAUUCAUCAAUAUGGGUUUUUAAGAAUGACAUGCUGGAAGUUUUGGAGUGGCUCUUUAGUUCAGUUAUAGUAAUUGUCUACUUUUACUGAGAAUGCCAUGAGAUCAAUAGACGGUGAGGUACUUUCUAAAAAUUGCAGCUUAUGUUAUCUUGUAAUAUCUCAGCUCUGUUGUUUUUUUUUUUUGCAAACAAGUUUUAUUUUGUACUAAUUUCUGACCGUUGUUUUUCCAGAAUGCUUAUACCUCUGUCAAGGUUGGAGCUGUAACAGUCUAUACUGUUGGACAUGAUACAUAUGAGUUCCUGAGAGAUCCUCCUCCUGGUUUCUUCCCGAGGGUCAGUGUGAUCACAGUCUCUGGGUUAGCUGGUCUGAUCCUGGCAAGGAAAGGGCCACAUCUGAUGAUGUUGGGGGUUCCUCUGGGUAUGGCCACUGUUGGGAUGGCCGUGUGCUACCCCAUUCAGACAGUGGCUGUUGUAAAGAUGACUGGGCAGAAGAUGUAUGCAGCCAACCAGUACACCACCUCAUAUGUGGCAUCAACCUUUAAAUCAAAGCCCAAAGAAGUAACUCCCCCAACUGUCAGUCUUGAGAAGCAGCAAGCCCCACCAGCUCCAAUCCCUGAGACAGAAAUACCUAAGGCAAAGCCCCUCCCUGAAGCUGGAUCAUCGGAACCAGUCAUGCCUGCUGUUGACGAGGCUCCUCCCUCUGAACCUGGCUGUGGCCCAGUCCCCAUAGAAGAGUCUGUUGAGACGGCCCCUGUGCCUUCUGUUGAGACGGCCCCUGUGCCUUCUGUUGAGACGGCCCCUGUGCCUUCUGUUGAGACGGCCCCUGUGCCUUCUGUUGAGACGGCCCCUGUGCCUUCUGUUGAGACGGCCCCUGUGCCUUCUGUUGAGACGGCCCCUGUGCCUUCUGUUGAGACGGCCCCUGUGCCUUCUGUUGAGACGGCCCCUGUGCCUUCUGUUGAGACGGCCCCUGUCGAGGAGCCUGCCCCUGCACCUCCUGGUGAAGAGAUUCCUCCACCUGCCCCUGUUGAGGAGGAAGCUGCUUCUGCACCCCCUGCAGCUGAAGAGGCUGUCCCUGCACCUGUAGAGGAGGUUGCUGCCCCACCUCCUACAGCUGAAGAGACGGCAUCUGCUCCUGUUGAGGAGGCUGCUCCUCCAGCGCCAACAGAGGAGCCAUCUGUGAUUGUAAUAGUAACUGAUGGGAAACCCAAAUUUGCACCCGACCCCAAGCUAGUUGACCUGGGCCAGGUCAGCCCUGAGGAUGAAGACCUGUACAACAUGUGUGGAUGAAGAACGACAGGAGGAAAAGGAGAAGGUGGGGGAUAAGGGAAAACCACAGAAAUGGGAAAAUAAUGUGAUGUGUUAACCUCUGGGAUAUGUGGGACGGAAGCGUCCCACCUGGCCAACAUCCAGUGAAAAUGCAGAGCGCCAAAUUCAAAUAAAUUACUAUAAAAAUUAAACUUUCAUAAAAUCACACAUUCAAAAUACCAAAUUAAAGCAACACUUGUUGUGAAUCCAGCCAACGUGUCAGAUUAAAAAAUAAAAAUAAAUGCUUUACGGCAAAAGCAAACAAUGCUAUUAUCUGAGGAUAGCACCCCAGCUAACAAUCACAGACCAUCAUAUUUCAACCCUCCCGGCGCGACGCAGAAAUAAGGAUAUAAUUCAUGCCUUACCUUUGACGAGCUUCUUCUGUUGGCACUCCAAUAUGUCCCAUAAGCAUCACAAAUUGUCCUUUUGUUCGAUUAAUUCCGUCGAUAUAUAUCCAAAAUGUCCAUUUAUUUGGCGCGUUUGAUCCAGAAAAUAUCUCAAAGGUUAUCUGUAAGCUUUGUCCAAACAUUUCAAACUACUUUUGUAAUACAACUUUAGGUAUUUUUUAACGUAAAUAAUUGAUAAAAUUGAAGACGGAAUGAUCUGUGUUCAAUACCGGAAGAAAACAAUGUGUAGCAUGCUUUCUGGUCAUGUGCCUCUAACAAACAGUACACUUCACUGGAGCCUUAUUCUGAACAUGGCUACUUCUUCAUUUCUGAAAGGAAAAACCUCAACCAAUUUCUAAAGACUGUUGACAUACAGUGGAAGCGAUAGGAACUGCAGGAAGGUCCCUUAGAAAUCUGGAUUCCCAAUGAAACCCCAUUGAAAAGAGUGACCUAAAAAAAAAAAAGAAUCUGAAUGGUUUGUCCUCUGGGUUUUGCCUGCCAAAUAAGUUAUGUUAUAGUCACAGACAUGAUUCAAACAGUUUGAGACUUCAGAGUGUUUUCUAUCCAAUAUUAAUAAUAAUAUGCAUAUAUUAGCAUCUGGGACUGAGUAGGAGGCCGUUUACUCUGGGUACGCUUUUCAUCCAAAUGUGAAAAUGCUGCCCCUUAUCCUAGAGAAGUUAAAGCAACUAUAGUUUUUCAGGUGCCGUUCUCUCUUUACCUCAAGGAUUGGGUACAGUUAGUCACAGGCUGUGUCCUGAUUCUCAACCCUUCUCCCCAUGUGUGUACUUGCACACUUCCUGUCAUGGAUUUACCAAUGGUGGAAACUCCCGCCUCCGGCCAAUAUUUUCACCAAUCCGAUUUGAAUCCAUUACACGGAGAAGGAUGGAGAAUCAGGACGCACACAUACUGUAUUUGAAUUUGAACUCUAGUGUCAUUUGUGUUUCUUUGCAGAGGAGCUUGCAGUUUACAUAGACACCCACAGGGAGCCGGGUGCAGGCCAUCAUCUGCAUCCACCAGAACAAACAGCCAUCUUUACACUCUUCUUCCAGGGCCACAACACAAGGUUUCCUUACCAGCGCUUACACGGAGUGCACAAAACAUUAAGAACACCCUUUGCCCUCAGAACAGCCUCAAUUUGUGGAGUCCACAAAUUAUGUUACUAACCAAACUGGACCAUUACACUAAAUAUAUAUAUAUAUAUUUUUACUUGGGACUUUACUUGGGUCACUGCUAUGCUGUCACUUUUUUUGUCAGCCACAUUCAUGUGGUAAAUGCCUGUUUUUAGUCCGGUCAGUCUAUGCAAAUAUUUUCCAUGUGGCAUUUUGUAAACGAGUGAGUCGUUUUAACACAUAUCCAUGUUUUUAUAGCAUUUGUAAGACUUUAUAGCACCAUAGAACUACUGAGUUGAACCUUUUUGUAAAAACCCAAUGUUUAUGGAUGUGUGCAGCUCUUGCACAAGUUAGACACUCACAAAUAAGCCCACAUAGAGGCACCUGGAGGUCAUGUUACAUUAUGAACUGGCCAGUUUGAUAUGUGUGUUUGGAUCAUUGGAAUAAUGUCCUUGUACUUGAUGUCAGUUAGUAUUUUCAAAAGGAAGUAUUUCAAACAGUUUUGUUUGUAUUUUAAUAGAACUGUCAACAUAUUUAAACUUUAUAUAUAUACAUGGCUAUUUUACAGUACAGCCAAGAGGACAUAUUUUACAUGUUUUAUCACUCCCUCUUUUUUCUUUUUUUUAUAAAUGAAAAUCACUUCACGAAUUGACUGCCUUCAAUUUGAAAUCACCCCAGCCCUGAUCUUCACAAUGAUAAUCAUGUUUCAGAUAUGUGUUCUUUUGUGCAAUAUAAUUGCCAAAUAGGGAAUAAAGGCAUUUUCCUUCA